AUGCCUCGCUCGUCCUCUCGCGCGCCGCUGUCGGCAGACGCGCUGCUGCUGGCGCAGGCGGCGGAGUCGCUGGUGGUGCCGGUCGGCGCAGCGCCUGAGGCGGCGGACUCGUUUCUGCCUUCUGCUCCCCCCACAUCGGCCUGCCAGCGGCUGCUGCGCCAGACGCCUCAGUCUCUCGACGACUCUGUGGAGUACUUUGCGCUCUCGCAUCGCCUCGGCGAAGACGCGCAGACGCUCGCGGGUCCGCCCAAGUUCGUGUACGAGAGCCCCGGUCUCGCGUUCCCCUCGGCGGCGGGUGGCGGACGCGCCGGCGGCAUGGGCGCCAGCUGCUCGCCAGGCGUCUCUUACGACUGGCUGCUCGCCCUGGGCUGCCUCAACUGCGGCCGUCCCAUCACCGUCGCGGACGACGUGCUGCCGGCGCUGGAGGAGGAAUUCGAGGCAGAGCCGGACUGCCGACGCGCCGCGGCAGCGAUCGUCUGCAGAGGCUGCGGGCACCACGUGGCUCCGCUGCACCAGGCGCGCGAGAGCGACGCGCUAGUGGACUGCAUGCAGGGCGGGGCGAGCGCGAAGGGCGACGCCGCGGGCAAGCAGGCGUCUGGCGAAGAGGGCGUCGCGGGCGCGCUGAAACAGGACGGAAUCUACGUUUACGGUCAGCGGAAGCAGCACCGGCUGGGGGACUUCUCGAAGCGGUGGUGGCAGCAGCGCUUCCUCGGCGCAGGCUUUGGCGAGCGCCUCCUCGAGCAGCAGCUGCGCCUCGUCCAGGCCUUCACAGGCUCCAAGAAGGGUGUCAUCUGCAAGGAGACCUGCGAGAAGUGCGGACACGGCGAGGCCUUCUUCUCAACCUUCCAGGCACGCAGCGCCGACGAAGGCAUGACGGUCAUGUACGAGUGCGUGAAGUGCGGACACAGGCGCGUCUUCAACAACUAA